AAUGAGAACAAAAUAAUCAUAGUUAUACAUUACAUCCGGGUGUAUAUAACAAGUUGUAUGAGACAUGACCCAACAUGCAAAUACUUCGAAGUCCAAAUUAAUGUUAUAUUGUUAUCAGACCGACCGGUUUGAGCGUUUGACAUCGUCUGCUUGAAUUUAACGUCUGCCUUUCACUCAAAAACCAAAAACCCUUUCUUCCCCAAAACCCUAAUUCAAUGAUCAGAUAACAAACAAACCCCAAUUUUCAAAUCAACCCAAUUUAAAUUUUACCAUAGAAAGCCUCAAUUCCACUCCUAUUUCUUCAACUAUGCUUAACAAUGGCGAUAUUGAAUUUAAAUCAUCCGCCAUUAAAAUCCCUCUUUCUUCACCUCAAAAUCCCAUCCCUCACCUCCCAUUUUGCUCUCAAUCCCUAACUUCCACCCUCUCACAAGCCAAAUUCUCAAUUACCCAGUUCCUAGAUUCCCUCAAAUUCCACAGAAAACCCAUCAAAUUGCGCUCUUUCCCAUCACCAUUGCUGUGCUCUUCGACAUUGGCACUGAACGAGUCGACUCAGGCUCAACCCGGUGGUGCUACUGGUGGUGGUGGUGCGAUUGAGGUGGCUCAGACAAAGGCACCGGUGAGUCGGACUCGGAGGGAGGAUGAGGAGAGAGUGUUGAUUAGUGAGGUGUUAGUGAGGAACAAAGAUGGUGAAGAAUUGGAGAUGAAGGACUUGGAAUCAGAGGCAUUAAUGGCGUUGAAAGCGUGCCGGGCGAAUUCGGCAUUGACGGUUAGAGAAGUUCAGGAGGAUGUUCAUCGAAUUAUUGAUAGUGGCUAUUUUUCUUCAUGUAUGCCUGUUGCUGUAGAUACUCGGGAUGGUAUCAGAUUGGUCUUUCAGGUAGAACCAAACCAGGAGUUUCGGGGAUUGGUGUGCGAAGGAGCUAAUGUUCUUCCGUCCAAAUUUGUAGAGGAUAAAUUUCGUGAUGGAUAUGGAAAAGUGGUCAAUAUCAGGCAUUUGGAUGAAGUGAUUGAAUCCAUCAAUGGAUGGUAUAUGGAGCGUGGCCUUUUUGGCAUGGUUUCAGGUGUUGAGAUUCUUUCAGGGGGUAUACUAAGGCUACAAAUUGCUGAAGCUGAGGUCAAUGAUGUCUCAAUACGUUUUCUUGAUCGAAAGACCCGUGAGCCAACUGUGGGGAAGACAAAGCCUGAAACAAUACUCCGCCAACUUACAACUAAAAAAGGGCAGGAAAAUGAAGAAUUGUAAAUUAAUGGAGAGUUGACGACCUUUAAGAAGAGGGUUGUUUGGUUGGUGGAAAAUGAGCGGCGGCCAAUUCACAGGAAAGAAUGGCUUUAGUUUGGGCCCUAAAUUGUAAGGAAAAGGCAAGUGGUUUUCAAUUACUCAAAAUUCAAAUUAUAUUACUCGUAUAUUAUAAAAUAAUAAAUUAAAGGAAAUUCAAAAUUGACCUACCAAAUUUGAGAAUCAGAUACUACUUCUGUGCUUGAUUUUUAACGGUUUGGGCCCAUUCAUAACUUAAUUAGUUAUUUACGGAUUUCAAUUGUUUUCAACCAUUAAUCAUAGUUUUAACAUAAUUUAGUUCCUAUUUUUAAGCAAAUUUGAAGAAAAAAAAAAACAUGCUUUAGUGAAUUUUGUUUCCUAUUUUCAAACAAAUUUGCUUAGUCCUAUUUGGGGUAGCAUUUUAAGUAAACUAUGAAAAACAGAUAAAAGUGUUUAAUAAGGUAGUGGUUUGAAUAACGAUUAGUGGCAGAGCUAUUGUUUAGAUAGAUUUUCUCAAACGUUAAAAAUAGCAUUUUAGAGGUAUCUGGUGUUGUCAUUGGUUACACUUUUCAACAAUAUGUAUGUACUUUAGUUUUUAAACGCUACUUUUGCUAAAUACUUAUAUUAUCCACCACUACAUUGACAACUAACCCUAGCCACUACUAAUUCAUAACUACUCACUACUCUUAUGGCUACCCGUUACUCAACAGCUAAAAGCUACCCACUAUAGGCACUAUUCUCGUUAUGUCGAACAAGGCCUUAGCUCAAAAUUAUAGGAUCAGGAGCACUUGGGCAUUUUAUCCUUCCCCAUUUCCAAAGAGAUUAGCGUACUAAUUUGGGUAGAGGUGACUUGUGAAUAGUAAAU